UCCAGCGCUCGUCUGAUGCUGGCACUAGGUGCGCAUAGUCCGGUGGGUUUUGUUUUUCCGCUACUUGCGCUUUUUUCAUUUUGAAAAUGAGACUUGUUUAAAUGUUUGCAAAUCUUAUUUGAAAAAAAAAGAACGUGUCUCAAUGAAAAUUUCUCCACCAUAAUUUGAGCUAUGGAUGAAGUGGUACGCAGAGGUUCGGUUUGGGAAUAAAACUUGGGUUGUGCGCUGCCGUGACCCGUCCGUGAUGUCCAUGCUUGGAUAGAAACCCUUUUGGUCUGCCAUGAUCCCAAAACUCCCGGCGAGUUUUCCUGGAAAACCAUGGACCACCGAAAGAGACUCUUCAGCUAUAUUUUCAUCGCGGUUGAGCUUUGUUUGGGCUCAGCCCAAGUCCUCAGAAUUGGUGGCAUUUUCGAGACCAGGGAAAGCGAGUUAGUGAGCAUGGAUGAGCUGGCCUUCAAGUUUGCUGUAAAUAACAUAAAUCGCAAUAAGACCUUGAUGCCCAAUGCAACUCUAACUUACGACAUUCAGAGGAUCAAUGUCUUUGAUGGCUUUGAGGCUUCCAGAAGAGUGUGCGACCAGCUUGCUCUUGGGGUAGUUGCUGUGUUCGGACCCUCCCACAGUUCCUCAGUCAGUGCGGUGCAGUCCAUCUGUAACGCUCUGGAAGUUCCUCAUAUACAGACACGCUGGAAGCACCCAUCGGUGGAAAACAAGGACACCUUUUUCAUCAACCUGUACCCUGAGUAUACAGCCAUCGCCAGGGCCAUCCUAGAUGUGGUUACGUUUUUUAAAUGGAGAAAACUGACAGUGGUUUAUGAGGACAGCACAGGUCUGAUGCGGAUGCAGGAGUUGAUCAAGGCUCCAGCAAAGUUAAACUUGAAGAUCAGGAUUCGGCAGCUCACCCCUGGUAACCAAGAUGCUCGACCGCUGCUGAAGGAACUGAAGAAAGACAGAGAGUUUUUUAUUAUCUUUGACUGUUCUUAUCGCACAGCUUCAGAGCUUCUGAAACAGCUUUCAUCUAUGGGAAUGAUGACAGAAUACUACCAUUUCUUCUUCACAACUUUGGAUUUGUUCGCUCUGGACCUGGAGCCCUACCGUUACAGUGGGGUCAAUAUGACCGGUUUCAGACUGCUUAACUUUGAUGAUCCAUGGGUAGCUUCGACCAUUGACAAGUGGGCCACGGACAGAGUGCAGGGCCCCAAACAGGAGAGUGGUCUAAUGGAAGGAGUCAUGACAACAGAUGCAGCCUUGAUGUAUGAUGCAGUGUACAUGGUUGCUGUCGCGUCGCAGCGGGCCACUCAGAUGACUGUCAGUUCACUGCAGUGUCACCGCCACAAACCCUGGCGCUUUGGACCUCGCUUUAUGAACCUGUUCAAGGAGGCACAGUGGGAUGGACUGACAGGGCACAUUGUUCUUAAUAAGACAGAUGGCCUAAGGAGAGACUUUGAUUUGGAUAUUAUCAGCCUCCAAGAAGAUGGCACUGCCAGAGGUAUUGUGGAGGGCACAAGUCGCCUCACAAAAAGGUGGAUCAAGGUGGCUGUGUGGAACUCAUACAGGGGGAUGAAACUGAUGGAGAAGCCCAACCGGGAAAAGAAUACCAACGUGACGGACUCUCUGGCUAACAGGACGCUGAUUGUCACGACCAUACAGGAAAAUCCUUAUGUGAUGGUAAAAAAGUCAGACAAGGAGCUGGUUGGAAAUGACCGUUAUGAGGGAUACUGCAUGGACCUAUUGAAGGAGCUCUCCAACAUCUUAGGAUUUACAUAUGAAGUCCGGCUGGUGGCAGAUGGGAAGUAUGGAGCCCAAAAUGAUAAGGGAGAAUGGAACGGGAUGGUCCGGGAACUAAUCGACCAUGUCGCAGACCUUGCUGUGGCUCCUCUGACUAUCACCUACGUUCGAGAAAAAGUGAUUGACUUUUCCAAGCCCUUCAUGACUUUAGGAAUUAGCAUCUUGUACCGGAAACCCAAUGGAACCAAUCCCGGCGUGUUCUCCUUCCUUAACCCCCUGUCCCCAGAUAUCUGGAUGUAUGUGCUGUUAGCCUGCACUGGAGUCAGCUGUGUGCUCUUUGUGAUUGCAAGGUUUACACCAUAUGAAUGGUACAACCCACAUGCAUGUAAUCCAUCCUCAACUCUUGUGCAGAACAACUUCACUUUGCUCAACAGUUUCUGGUUUGGCAUUGGAGCACUAAUGCGACAAGGCUCCGAGGUGAUGCCUAAGGCUUUGUCCACACGUAUAGUCGGGGGUAUCUGGUGGUUCUUUACUUUAAUCAUCAUCUCCUCCUAUACGGCCAACCUGGCAGCUUUCCUCACUGUGGAAAGAAUGGAUGCCCCCAUCGACUCCGCAGACGACCUGGCCAAACAGACAAGGAUUGAAUAUGGGGCAGUGAGGGAUGGAUCCACUAUGACAUUCUUUAAGAAAUCAAAGAUUUCCACCUAUGAAAAGAUGUGGGCCUUUAUGAGCAGCAGGAAAACAGCAUUAGUAAAGAACAACAAGGAGGGUAUCACCCGUGUGCUGACAACUGAUUAUGCCAUGCUGAUGGAAUCCACAAGCAUUGAAUACAUCAGCCAAAGAAACUGCAACCUCACACAGAUCGGUGGGCUCAUUGACUCUAAGGGCUAUGGAGUGGGAACACCUAUUGGUUCUCCAUACAGGGACAAAAUCACAAUCGCCAUCCUUCAGCUGCAGGAGGAAGGGAAGCUGCACAUGAUGAAGGAGAAGUGGUGGAGGGGAAAUGGCUGUCCAGAGGAGGACAACAAGGAGGCCAGCGCUCUGGGCGUGGAGAACAUCGGCGGUAUCUUCAUCGUUCUGGCUGCCGGCCUGGUGCUUUCUGUUUUUGUAGCAAUUGGCGAGUUCAUCUACAAGGCCAGAAGGAAUGCCGACAUAGAGGAGUGCAUGUCUUUUAGGGCUGUGAUGGAGGAGUUGGGUAUAUCCCUGCAGUGCUACAAAGGUGUCCGGCAUAGGUCGCAACCACAGAGUGCAUCAAGGUCUCUUUGUGUCUUCUGUCAGCCAAAACGUGCUGCAAAGAGGGAAGGAGGAAGACGAGAUUCCAACACAUGAGCCUUGCAUCCAAAACUUGAUGCAAUCUUCAUCAGAGACUGAAGUUAAUUUGCUUUUUAACGUCUUUGUUUUUUGUGAGCCACACACACACACACAAAAAAAAACUGUUUAUAUUUCCUUCAUUCCCUUUUCUUUAGAUUGAUUGUCUGUGUGGAGCACUAUACUGUGGAUGUAGUUAACUGUAUCAUAGCCCUGUAAAAUCAUCAUUUGUGUCAAAGCAAAGCUCUCUUAUAAGUUACUCCUGGUCCCGUUUUGAACUUAAGCAGUUUGUAGAGUUGAAUCUGCAAACUUUAUAAAGUUGGUGUAAAUGUAAAGUAGCUUUACUGAUUUUCAAAUAAACACAUUUUUUGUUGGUU